AUGAAGCACUCCGAGACGCCCGGCUCGAACAGGUCCAAAAGUCCCGAGCCGAAGCGGUUCAAGGGCGACUACCAGAGCCCAUUGAAACCAGGAGAAGCUCUUCAUUUCGAACUGCAAGGCACGGACGGCCGAGCUCGCGCUGGUGUUGUUCAUUUACCCCACGGACCAGUGAAGACUCCCGUUUUCAUGCCAGUCGGCACCUACGGUACUAUCAAGGGACUACUCUCGGAAGAGGUAGAUGAGCUCGGUCCGGAGAUCAUACUGGCCAAUACAUAUCAUCUCGGGACGAGUCCUGGUGCUGAAUUAUUGCAGAAAGUCGGCGGACUGCAUGAGUACAUGCAUUGGCCAAGGAAUUUACUGACAGACUCGGGCGGCUUUCAGAUGGUCAGCUUGUUGAAGCUUUUGUCUAUUAGUGAGGAAGGAGUUCAUUUCCAGAACCCUCGGACUAAAGAAAUGAUGAUGUUAACCCCCGAAGAAUCUAUGGGGAUUCAAAACUCAAUCGGAGCCGAUAUUAUGAUGGCCUUAGACGAUGUCGUCAGCAGCACUUAUGAGGAUCGUGCUAGGAUGAAGGAUGCUGUUGAAAGAACUAUUCGUUGGCUCGAUCGAUGUAUUGCUGCCCAUAAACGACCACACGAACAGAAUCUUUUCGGUAUCGUCCAGGGCGGCCUCGACCGUGAGCUCAGAAGUUGGUGCCUCGCAGAAAUCAAGAAACGUAAACUGCCGGGAUAUGCUAUUGGAGGGCUCAGCGGUGGCGAGGCUAAGGAGUCCUUCUGGCAAGUCGUCGAACAGUGCACUGCCCAACCCGAGGGACUGCCCACGCACCGUCCGCGUUACCUCAUGGGAGUCGGUUACACUCUUGAUAUCAUAUGCUGCGUCGCACUAGGCGUCGACAUGUUCGACUGCGUUUACCCCACACGUACGGCGAGAUUCGGAACUGCUCUCGUACGUUCCGGUCAAAUGCGUUUAAACCGCGCAGACUACCGUUUUGAUUUCCAACCGAUCGAUCCGAGAUGUUCAUGCCCGACCUGCAAGAAGGGGUAUACUCGUGCGUAUUUGCACUCCAUCGCUGCUAAGGAACCGGUGUGUGCGAAGCUUAUCACGAUUCACAACAUUCACUAUAUGUUGACACUUUUAAGAGAAUGCAGAGCUGCUAUACUCGAAAAAAGAUUCGCUGAGUUCGUCCGAGAAUUCCUGGCAGAAAUGUACCCGCGAGAAUCUUCAAUCUGCCCUCCAGGGUGGUGCCGACGGUGCUUGUCUAAGGCUGGUAUUAAUAUCGAUGAUAUGUAUGAUUGGGAACGAUGUAAAGAAGGCCGGGAUAUGCCGGUUUCCGAGAUUACUGCUAAAGCUGUGGAUUGCGAAAAAUGA